AUGCCAUGUCCAUCUGGGAGGAGGGCUCUGCCCUGGACCAUGAAGCUAUUUUUAUUUGGAUUGCUGCUCCUGGUGACCCCUCUCUCAAGGGCCAUAAUAGAGUACACAAGGAACACAGAUAAUAACUUUCCUGCCACAGUGGAGUUUGCUGUGCACUCAUUCAACCAGGAAAGCAAGGAUGAGUAUGCCUAUAGGCUGGUGCGUGUACUUAAAUCUUGGAAAAAUAAGCCGAACUACAAGAUUGUCAUGGCGUUUUCCAUGAAACUGAAGUUGCGCCGUACGAAGUGUGGAAAACUAGAAGAUGACAUUGAAAACUGCCCCUUUCAAGACAGUUUGAAACUGAACAAUACCUUUGUCUGCUUCUUCACCAUCAGCACCAAGCCUUGGAAAACAGAGUUCGUCCUCCUGAACCAGACCUGCUCCGAGGAGCUGCCCUAAUUGAAACCCACCUAGAGGCUUGAUCAGGGGCUGCUCUACCUUCCAAGGAUCUCAGUGUUUCCUCCACGUGGCUCUUCAGGUGCUGGGAAACUCAAUGCUCAUGUGCUCUUCAUAUUUUCCAAGUUAUGGGGGGUUAUAUUCAGCCAUUCAAAAGUUCUUCAUUGUCCAUUUUUAUCACAAAGAAUAUUAAAAUUAGCAUUUUAGAAGCUCUCCGACUGUACUUGUCUGUGGAAAUCUUAGGGAUGUUGGUGGAACUGGCUUCAUCGGGGCAGCUUUGUCAACGCUCUGGGGAGGCACCUCCUGACACCUUGGGCCCCUAAGCUGGUCCCACAUGAUACAACUAAGGUGUACCUAAAGAAGCUGCUAUAUCAGGGCUCAUGCAUGAAGAAGCAAAGAGUCAGAGGCAAAAUAACUGUGACCCUCCCAGGGCAUCGGGUAUGCAUAUCGACUUCUUAUUUCCUACGUACAUUCUGGAGAACACAAUAGACCGAACUCUGUGAGAUGUCUUCUGUGUCUGGGGUUGCCAGAAAAGGAUUCAUGUGUUUUAUCCAAAAUCCCAGGAUUGAAUCAUUGCAUGGUUAGAGGCUACUACAGCAUGUAGAUUUGGGUUAUGAAUGCUUCUGUGUACUAUCAAAUGAUCCUUUGGUCUCACUCAGUUUUUGAAAAAAAAAUUAAUGACAACAGCCUCAAUGUAGGUUUUGCCUAUUGUUAGAUUUAAGCAAAAAGUAUCGAUCUGUGAGUUUAAAAGUGUAACUAUAAACAAGGCCAGAUGCACAAAUCCAACAAGAAGUUUUAACUUACAACAUCAGUAAAAUUUGUUAUAGUGUGAACUAGAAGAUCUCUAGAAUGGUGUCAGGUUAUAGGUUUAGCAUGACAUGUACAAUAUCAAGUUGUACUUCCUGCAGAAGUUGUCCUUUGUGUAAUCCUGAUUGUGGUGUUCUCCUGCCAUAUGCAGGAAGAAGGGACAGGGAAAAGAGGGGAAGGGGCAGAGGUUUCAU